UUUCUGCUGAGAAAGUUCAGCUCUUCAUCAUCUGCACUCAGAAACUCCUCAGACUCCUUCAGCCAUGGUGUGUUCUAGAGUGCUGGUGGGACUCUUCCUGCUGUCCCUGCUCUCUCAUGCAGUUGAGGCUUCCAAGAAGCAAAAAAGUCCUGCUGUUAAGGCUCUCCAGAAUCUCUCACAGAUCAUCAGAUUUCUCAACGAAAAUUAUUUGGUCAGUGAUCAGUUCGCUGUAGCCAUCAACGUCCCAGCUGAGAAGUGUUCCACUCGUAUAAAACCUGAUCAGAACGUCCUUCCUGAUGAUUCUGCAUGGAAAGUGAAAGUUGCCAUGGCCAGCACUGCAGGGGUUUACAGAGGGCAGAGGAUAAUCGGUGCCAAACAAAAAACGAUCAAUGAAGCAAGCAGCUACCACCCUGAGUACCUUCUGCUGAUUCAGUCGAACCCCCCAGAAAAUGCCUCCUAUGAUCCGCUGCUGAAGGAGCUCCUGGAUAAAGAUAAACACGGCUGUGUGGUUUUCUACACCUACAACUCUCCAUGUGUGAACACCUGCUCAACCCCUGAGGGAGCGUACAGCAUCCUCCCUGCCUUGGACAUGCUCAGGGACCACAAGGGCCCAAAAGCUUUUGUGUUUAGGGAAGUUCAGAUACACAAUGUGGGUUCCGUUCAGAAAGAAAACGGCAAAGAUUUGCCAUUCGCACAGUGUUUCCCUUCGGGUAACCGACUUUACGUUACAUUGGGAUAUCAGGAAUAUUUUCCUCGGCGGAUAUCAAAUAUAAGGGCAGUGAAUUCUAAAGUGCCACUCUACCGCUGUGACAGAGCCCGGUGUCAACACUGUGUACACAAAAACAAUGAAGUUGAUGCUAAGUGCAUGGUCAAUUAA